GGAGUACAAGUCCAGGAUAAGCAAUAACUGCAGAAUGCGUGGAACAAAUAACAGUUUAAAGAUCAAUUAGCGAAAAAUUAAGUAAAGUAUGUUUUUGUAUGAUCUUGCUUUAAGGAUAAGCUAGAUCCAUGGGCUUGAAUAUAAAGUGUUAAAGUUAGUGUUGUGGAAGCCUCUUUUGAACAUGUGAAAGGCUUCAAAAACUCGUGUUUUCAUAUCGAGUAUCAUAUAUAAGCAAAAGCCGGUGCCGGCCGGCCUCUUACUGAGACUCUCCCCUCGAUACCGCUAAUUGUCUAAAUGCAGUUGCAACUAUUCCGUAUACGGAGUGUGUUUUGUGAAAGCUGAAAGUAUAUCAUUUUUCGCAACGAUGCGGCCGAAACCCUGUACAGAUGUUGGAAGUCAUAACAGAACUUAACAUGUUAUGAGGUACUUGGAGUCUUUAUGAGAAAUUGGGAUGAGUUCGAUGAAUUAGGACGAUGUUCAGGCGAAAAAGAUUUAUUAGACGCAGAAUAUGCAUGUAACAAACUGGGAAUUGAACUAAAGCAAGUCAAUUAUGUAAAACAAUAUUGGAACUCAGUGUUCACGAGUUUUUUGGAGGACUAUGAAAUUGGCCUGACCCCAAAUCCGGAUAUUUUGUGUAAUAAACAUAUUAAAUUUGAUUUGUUUUAUAAUUAUGCACUUUAUAACCUGCAGAAUAAUGCUAUUGCUACCGGUCACUAUGCAAAAACAAACUUUGGGCCAUUUUUGGAAAAGUAUCAGCAGAAUGAAGAUAUACGUUUACUUAUACCAAAGGACACAUUUAAGGAUCAAACCUUUUUUCUCUCAGGCAUAAAACGGCAUACCUUAAGGAGAACAAUGUUUCCUUUAGCCAAUUUUUUGAAAGCUGAGGUUAAAGAACUCGCCAUAAAGUGUGGUUUAGAGCGAUUGACACAGAAAAAAGAGAGUACUGGCUUAUGUUUUGUGGGUAAAAGAGAUUUCAAGGAAUUCAUAAAAGAGUAUAUAAAAUCCAAACCAGGCGAUUUUGUUGAUAUUGAUACUAAUCUAGUGGUGGGUCAUCACGAAGGCAUUCACCAAUGGACCAUAGGGCAACGCUGCCGCCUUCACUCCUUUCUCAAACCUUAUUAUGUAGCACAAAAAGAUGUUACAAACAACACCAUUUAUGUAGCUGCUGGUCAUGAAAAUCCUGCCUUAUAUUCCAACCAAAUUAUUGCCUCAAAUGCCAAUUGGUUUUCUUCAAAUGCAUUUGAACAAACAAUCAAUGGUGUGCUGAAGUGUCGUUUUCGUUUUCAGCAUACAAAACCUUUGGUGAACUGUAGUAUUUAUCGAAGACAAUCUGCAAAGAGCGCUCAAGACUUAAUUAUAGAACUUGACAAGCCCUUGCGAGCCAUAACCCCAGGACAAUAUGCGGUGUUUUAUAGUGAUACUGAUUGUAUAGGUUCUGCGAGAAUAUUAAGUGCCAGAAAUUUUAAAGCUAAACCUCAAACAAGAGAAAUUAUGGAAAAUUAAUGAAUAAAAUCAAAGCGGUAACCGAAAAGUA